GAUAAAAGGGGGGCAACAAAUUCCGACGUCUCCUAAGGACGCAAACGCAUCACGACACAGUGGAUAUUUUGCUAGCUGGUGUUAGCCGAGGACGGAAAUCUCCGGUUGGUCAAAUAAGUACAAAAUAAUCGCCACAAGAUGAGCGAACAGUUGAAAUUUAUCGUCGAGCAACUGAACAAAGAUCCGUUCAGGAAGAACUUUAAUCUCAUCACGUUUGACUCGCUGGAGCCGAUGCAGUUGCUUCAGGUAUUAAACGACGUGCUAGCCGAGGUCGACCCGAAGCAAGCUAUUGAUAUUCGCGAGGAAAUGCCUGAACAAACCGCCAAGAGGAUGUGUUCUCUGCUCGGGAUGCUGAAAUACAAACCACCUGGCAACCAGGCUGACUUGAGCGGCUUCAGACAAGGUCUGGUGAUUGGCAGCAAACCGACAGUGCAUCCCAUUCUCCACUGGCUGCUGCAGAGAGUCCCAGAGCUGAAGAAAAGGGCUUACCUGGCGCGCUUUCUCGUUAAACUUGAUGUCCCCGCAGAGUUCCUGGCCGAUGAUGUCAUCACUGACACCUAUCAUCAGUAUGAAGAACUGGUGGAAUCAUUUAAGACAAACCACAAGGAGUGUGAGCAGCUCAGAACGUCAGGCUUCUCCACAGCAGAAAUUAGGAGGGAUAUCAGUGCAAUGGAAGAGGAGAAAGGCCCGCUCAUCAAACGCGUGGAGAGGCUGAAAAAGAGGGUGGAGUCAGUGUCCAACCAUCAACAGAUGCUGGAGCAGGCCAAACAGCUGAGAGUUGAGAAGAAGAGGGAAGAACAUUUGGCCCACCAGAAGCAAGAACAAAAGAAUCAACUGUUUCAGGCAGAGCAGAGGUUGCAGAGGUUGCAGCAGCAGUUAAAGGACAUGCGACAGGCUGCAGCUGAUGCCAGUCCUGAUAGCUUAAUGAAGAGGCUGGAAGAGGAGAUCAAGAUCAAUUCCUACAUGGUCUCUGAGAAACUCCCCAAAGAGUUGGAAGUUCUCAGGCGUUCAGUGAAGUACCUUCAGAAGGUGGUUUCAGAGCCUGCUAUGAGCCAUGGUGAUGUCCUGGAGCUGGGGGACAAGAUCAAAGAAGUUGACUCCCAGAUAAAUCAGCUGAUUGAGAAGAAGAUGGUGAGAAGCGACCCGAUAGAUGACAAGCUGACCCUCUACAGACAGCAGGCCUCCAUCAUCAUCCGUAAGAAGGAAGCAAAAGCAGAAGAGCUGCAGGAAGCGAGGGAGGAGUUGGCUACAGCCGAGCGGCAACUAAAACACAAGACUGACCAGUCAAGGGCCUCCAACGGGGAAGAGGUCAUCCGGGGUGAUGAGCUGAAACGCCUGGUGGUAAAACUGCGCAGCAAGGGAACCGUCUACAAGAAGAAACGGCAAGAAAUCGCAGAGCUGAAGGCUGAGUACGGGGUUCUUCAGCGGACGGAGGAGAUUCUCAAGCAGAGACAUGAGUCUGUACAAGAGAAACUGCAAUUUGUGGAGGCUGAGAAAGGUAUAUCUGGCUACAGCAACACCCAGGAGGAACUAGAGAGGGUGUCAGCCAUUAAGAGUGAGCUGGAUGAAAAGAAGGGCCGCACACUGGAUGAUAUGUCCGAAAUGGUGAAGCAAUUAAACUCAAUGAUAGUGGAGAAGAAGUCGGCUCUAGCUCCAAUUAUCAAAGAGCUGAGGUCACUGAGGCAACGGUGUCAGGUCUUAAAUCCGGAAUAUGAAGAAAAGAAGUCACAGUAUGAAAGUUGUGGUGCUGGUUUGGAGAGCAACAGAUCUAAAUUGGAGCAGGAGGUAAAGGCACUGAGAGAGGACACGGCACAGGAGGAAAACAAGUAUCAUACCAUCAACUGCAAGUCUGAGAUCAUUGAGAUGCAAAUACAGCGGGCUGCUGAAGAGAUGAAGGCCUACGUGUCCUCUGAUGUCCAGGAGAGGAAAAAGGCCAUCAGGGAAGUGUACAUGAAGAACAUUGCAGAGCAAGAAUUGCUUGGCAAGAAGUUACGUGAGAAGCAGAAGCUGGUAAGGGAGAACCACGGUGCAAACAUGGAGCAGAUGAAGAUGUGGAGAGACUUGGAGCAGCUGAUGGAGUGCAAGAGACAGUGUUUUAUCCGAGCACAGAUGGAGGCAUCUGUUGGCCAAGUCAUCCAGGAAGGAGGCGAAGACAGACUGGUGCUGUGAGCCCAGUCAUGUACGUGUAAACCUUCCUAAUAUUCAUUAGCAGUUUUAAUAUACUCUUCUUGUUUAUUACUUCACUCACUUGGAGGUAAAUAUACUCCGAUAAAGGGUAAGACAACAGCUAUCAUUUUUAGGAAAAGUGCCUUGAGAUAACUUUGUACUGGACAGUUUUGACUCUGGCCAUAGUUCUUGACACAUUCUUAACAUUGAUCUACUGUACUUUGGAUCUAAGUGUCCAGCGAUAACGGCAUACAUACAGUACUUACCGCUGCAUACAUACUGUACUUUCUAUGUAUGUUUACUGGCAGCCGAAUAUUUUUAGCAAGAUUCAUUUGACCUUGGACUGUACACUUCUUGGCCGGCACGGUGCGACAGGGGUUAGUGCAUCUGCCUCACAACACAAAGGUCCUGGGUUCAAUCCCGGGCUCGAGAUCUUUCUGUGUGGGGUUUGCAUGUUCUCCCCGUGACUGCGUGGGUCCGGCUUCCUCCCACCUCAAAAGACAUGCAUCUGGGGAUCAUGUGGAAAUGGUGUCAAAGCCCUUUGAGUACCUUGAAGGUAGAAAAGCGCAAUAAAAGUUAAUUUUUCCAUUUUUGUCUAUAAAUAUCAACUGCCCCUGUCGUGGAAAUUUCUUAAAGACGAUCCUUUAGUGACAAAUAGCUUUAAAAUGAUUUAUUAAAGUAACAGACAAAUAAUAACAAGCUUUGCAAAGCGAGACCAAACCAGAACGACACAUCCGUUCGUUCCAGCUUGUUCUAACUCCUUUAGAAUUUGACAUCAAUCAAUCAAUCAAUGUUUAUUUAUAUAGGCCCAAAUCACAAAUGUCUCAAAGGACUGCACAAACCAUUACGACUACAACAUCCUCGGAAAAACCGACAAAAGGGCAAGGAAAACUCACACCCAGUGGGCAGGGAGAAUUCACAUCCAGUGGGACGCCAGUGACAAUGCUGACUAUGAGAAACCUUGGAGAGGACCUCAGAUGUGGGCAACCCCUCCCCCCCCUCUAGGGGACCGAAAGCAAUGGAUGUCGAGCGGGUCUAACAUGAUACUGUGAAAGUUCAAUCCAUAGUGGCUCCAACACAGCCGCGAGAGUUCAGUUCAAGCGGAUCCAAGACAGCAGCGAGAGUCCCGUCCACAGGAAACCAUCUCAAGCGGAGGCAGAUCAGCAGCGUAGAGAUGUCCCCAACCGAUACACAGGCGAGCGGUCCAUCCUGGGUCUCGACUCUGGACAGCCAGUACUUCAUCCAUGGUCAUCGGACCGGACCCCCUCCACAAGGGAGGGGGGGGACAUAGGAGAAAAAAGAAAAGAAGCGGCAGAUCAACUGGUCUAAAAA